CAGGGUCCAUUGAGGAGGGACUGGGUGUGAAGCUGGGAAAAUGAAGCUGCUCCUGGCCCUAGCAGGGCUCCUGGCCAUUCUGGCCACGCCCCAGCCCUCGGAGGGCGCCACUCCAGCUGUCCUGAGGGAGGUGGAAACCUCAGUGGUGCUGACCUGCAUGGAGGAGGCCAAGCAGCUGGUGGACAAGGCCUACAAGGAGCGGCGGGAAAGCAUCAAGCAGCGGCUUCGCAGUGGCUCAGCCAGCCCCAUGGAACUCCUAUCCUAUUUCAAGCAGCCGGUGGGGGCCACCAGGACAGCCGCGAGGGCCGCUGACUAUCUGCACGUGGCCCUAGGCCUGCUGGAGAGGAAGCUGAGACCCCUGUGGCCCAGACCCUUCAAUGUCACUGACGUGCUGACGCCCGUCCAGCUGAACCUGCUGUCCAAGACAAGCGGCUGCGCCUACCAGGACGUGGGAAUUACGUGCCCCGAGCAGGACAAGUACCGCACCAUCACCGGCAUGUGCAACAACAGGCGCAGCCCUACGCUGGGCGCCUCCAACCGCGCCUUUGUGCGCUGGCUGCCCGCCGAGUACGAGGACGGCUUCUCGCUGCCCUUCGGCUGGACGCCAGGGGUCAAUCGCGGCGGCUUCCCGGUGCCCCUGGCUCGCGCCGUCUCCAACGCGAUCGUGCGCUUCACGGAGCAGCUGACUCCGGACCAGAAUCGCUCGCUCCUGCUCAUGCAGUGGGGCCAGCUGAUCGACCACGACCUCGACUUAAGCCCGGAGCCAGCCGCCCGGGUCUCCUUCCUCACUGGCGUCAACUGCGAGACCAGCUGCCUGCAGCAGCCGCCCUGCUUCCCGCUCAAGAUCCCGCCCAAUGACCCCCGCAUCAUGAACCAGCGCGACUGCAUCCCCUUCUUCCGCUCCUCUCCUGCCUGCACAGAGAACAACAUCACCAUCCGCAACCAGAUCAACGCGCUCACCUCCUUCGUGGACGCCAGCAUGGUGUAUGGCAGCGAGGACCCCGUGGCCAUGAGGCUGCGCAACCGCACCAAUCAGCUGGGGCUGUUGGCCAUCAACACCCGCUUCCGUGACAAUGGCCGGGCACUGCUGCCCUUCGACAACCUGCAUGACGACCCCUGCCUCCUCACCAACCGCUCUGCACGCAUCCCCUGCUUCCUGGCAGGGGACACUCGUGCAAGUGAGAUGCCCGAGCUCACCUCCAUGCACACCCUCUUUGUGCGGGAGCACAAUCGGCUGGCCACACAGCUCAAGAGACUGAACCCCCGCUGGAAUGGAGAGAGGCUCUACCAGGAAGCCCGGAAGAUCGUGGGAGCCAUGGUUCAGAUCAUCACUUACCGGGACUACCUGCCCCUGGUGCUGGGGCCAGCGGCCCUGAGGAAGUACCUGCCCCAGUACCGAGGCUACAAUGACUCGGUGGACCCGCGCAUUGCCAACGUCUUCACCAAUGCCUUCCGCUACGGCCACACCCUCAUCCAGCCCUUCAUGUUCCGCCUGGACAAUCGGUACCGGCCCAUGGGGCCCAACCCCCGCGUCCCGCUCAGCAGGGUCUUUUUUGCCUCAUGGAGGGUAGUGCUGGAAGGUGGCAUUGACCCCAUCCUCCGGGGCCUCAUGGCCACUCCUGCCAAGCUGAAUCGCCAGAACCAAAUAGUGGUAGAUGAGAUCCGGGAGCGACUGUUCGAGCAGGUCAUGAGGAUCGGGCUGGAUCUGCCGGCUCUGAACAUGCAGCGCAGCCGGGACCACGGCCUCCCAGGGUACAAUGCCUGGAGGCGCUUCUGUGGGCUCCCGCAGCCCAGCUCGGUGGGCGAGCUGGGCACGGUGCUGAAGAAUCUUGACCUGGCGCGGAAGCUGAUGGCCCAGUACAGGACACCCAACAACAUCGACAUCUGGAUGGGCGGCGUGGCGGAGCCCCUGGAGCCCGGCGGCCGUGUGGGCCAGCUCCUCGCCUGCCUCAUCGGGACCCAGUUCAGGAAGCUCCGGGAUGGUGACCGGUUUUGGUGGGAGAACAACGGCGUGUUCAGCACACAGCAGCGGCGGGCACUGGCCAUGAUCUCCUUGCCCCGCAUCAUCUGUGACAACACUGGCAUCACCACCGUGUCCAAGAACAACAUCUUCAUGUCCAACACGUUCCCCCGGGACUUUGUCAACUGCAGUACGCUGCCCGCCUUGGAUCUGUCCUCCUGGAGGGACAGGGCCUAGGGGCUGGGUAAGGGGAGGCAGUGGGGAGGGGUGGGCGUACCUGGGCUGCCUGGUUUGAGCCCCUCUCUGAUCUGGGGCUGGCCAGGAAAAAUGAGCUGACUAUUCAUGUAUUCAUGUGUGAGUGUGUGUGUGUGAGAGAUGUACAUAAACUGGCAUUUCAUCCA